AUGUGGCUGCCGGACUCACUGCACAACGUCGCUGAAGCAACGGCCACAACCUCACCAGGCACGGCUAGUCAUCCGCCUGCCCGGCUUUUCCGUCACAGAGACUCCAUCAUGUCUAUGCACAGCGCCGACGCACCCUCAGCAGCGGUCCCACUCAUCUGCAUGAGCUCGCCGCCGUCCCCGCUGGCGAGGGCGGAGUGCCUGCGCGCGAGUGAGAGCGAGAGUUUUGACACCGGCAACCUGAACAACGUGGGAGGCAGCCGUGCGUCCACGCCGCGACUGUGCUGUGAUCGCAAGCAGGCAAUCAGAGCUACCUCCACAACACCGCCAUCGCGGCUGCGGCGCAGUGCUUCGCUACCAACAACCAGAUGCAAUGGCAGCCACAUCUUCAGCGCCCGACUUUCCACCCCGUCUGCUGCCGGUGGCGCAGGGGGUGGCACAGGGUCUUGCAGCUCACCCACUCCGCUCAGCGAGCGUAGCGGUAAACAGAGCAGCACCAGUACUCCUCAGCUUCUAACAGUUGCGACACCGCUGCUGCAGCGCGCACCUCACGCGCAGGACACGGCACGCGCCAAGGGAGGUGAUACGUCGCAUGAUGGGGGUGGCGCGCAGUUCUCGAACGCGCCAGAUGGCCGCGACCCGACUCCCUACACUGCGGGUGCGUCGGCGAACAGCAGUCCCACGGCGGCACGGUCAUCGCCGCCACUGCUGCCAUCAUACACGCUGCCAGUGACGGACAACACUCACUGUCAGGACAACGUUUUGGCAGGUGACAUGGGCGACACCACGGCCGUUGUCACACCCGCCAGGAAGCGCAAGAAAAAGAAAAACAAGAAGAAGAAGUCGGGAGCAGCGGUAGCGUCCAGCGCGGUCGAAGAAGAGGACGCUGCCAUGCCAGCGGAGGCGAUUGCCAGUACUGCCGGCGGCACGGGCACUCCGAUCGGCGGCAGCACCACGGUGAAUAGCGCCGUCCCGGCGACUGGCUCGUUGCCGCCGCCACCUAUCCCGAUGAUGCCUGGAGGCGGCGGCAACUCCAGUGGGGUCGCACAUGGCGCACUCUUGGGCCCUGGCUACAGCCAGGGCCACGGUAGCGGCGGCGGCGGUUCUCUGCUGUACAACAACCUUUCGCAGCCGCAGUUUCAUCCCCAACACCUCGGCGGAGCACGCGGGCAGUUCGUGAUGAUGGCCAAUGGUGCGCAAGGCGGCAACGGCGCAGGUGACCCGAUCAUGACGGGUUACUCGAUGAAUGGCGGCGCCAGUGGCACUGAUGACGGCGGCGGCGACUACACGAGUGCCGCCACAGCUGUUUGCGCGGGGGGUGAGGGCAGUACUUACGGUCGAGGGGGAUCGGCAAUGAUGAUGAUGUCUAUGAUGGCCUCCAACUACCACCACCACCACCACCACCACAUCCGCCAUGAAAGCAGCGGGUCGGGUGGGACGUAUGGUUAUUAUCAUGGCGGGAUGAGUGAUUGCGGCAGAGGAGGAGCCGCCGGCAUGUCGCCUGCGCAUGCACAGAUGAGCCAUCAGGGUGUGGGGCGAAACCUGCAGGAGGAACAGCGGCAACAGCAGCACGUUCAGCAGCAGCAAACACCUUAUCCCUAUCCACCUCAGCCCGUGCUGAUGAGCAGCGGUGGCAGUACUGGUAGUGGCUCGUAUCCAGCGAACAGCGGCCACACCCGCCACGGCUCGGCGCACCGCCGUGGUGGUGGCAGCAGUGGCGGCACGCAAUGCUCUUCGCAAUCACAGCAGCAAUAUCAGCAGCAGCAGUACUACUAUCAGAACCUUCGCUACAACUCACAGCCUUACUUUCAUGGCGGCGUCCCCUCAACGAACGGCGCCGAUGCGAAUGCGAUGCAGGGAGGGCUGAUCAUGGCAACAGGUGAGGGAAGCAGUUGCGCUGAGGGCGGUGGCCGUGACGACUGCGCCGGCUUCUCGAACACGCAGGGCCAAUCCAGCGGGGGCGUCGGCGGCUCGAUGCAGUACAAGGGAGAAGACGCCGCGAGCCGGGUGCCGUCGCAGGUGCCCGUGGAGGGCAUGGUGCCGGUGCCUCAGCAACCCCAGCGCAACGUUAGCUUUCGACCUCCGAUGCCAGCGGCAAACGCGUCUGGCAUGUCCUACUAUCCAUCAAGCAGCGCCGCACCGGCAACAGUGGCGGCGGCUGCCGGUGUCCCCAACAAUGGCAGCGUCAAUAGUAGUUAUGUAAGCUGCGGCAGUCGCGGCGGUGUGCCGGGGGCGAUGAUGGCCAGGGAUGGCGGCGCAGCGGUGAACGGUGAGGGGAGGUUGCCGCGAGAGGAGGUGAUGGCAGCGGACAUCGCGGCGGAUGCGGCGCCGCGGUCACUUUUUCAGUUCACGCCCGAGGUGAGCCCGCGCCUCUGUCGCCUGAUCGAGCGCGAGCUGCUGACAUACUUGACGCCGUCGCUGGCGUGCCUGCAGCGCCGCCGCAGUCAGUUGGAGACGCUGGCUGGGUACAUCACAGCCGCGUUGCGCCACGCCGGCCGACAGACCGGCCACGACUAUGGCGACAUCUCCUACUACAUCUUCGGCAGCGUGAACAUGCGCACCGUGCUGCCGGACGGCGACAAUGAUGUGACGGUGGAGGUUGACGGCUUGGUGGCGAGGGAGUCCACACUGACGCCCCCACCUUCGCCUCCGCAGCCGCUGUCGUCAUCUUUGCUCAGCGAUGGCGGCGGCGGCGGCGCCGCCCUGGACGCCUCCGCAAAAGCGGUCAUGCUCCCUGUGACGACCGACAGCAGCACCGGCAGCGUUGAUGGCACGAUGCAGCUAACGACAACCACGGACGGCUGCCCGCGUCUUGUGGCGCCAGCGGUGCUGAGCAUCGCGUCCGGUGAGGUACUCGGCCGCGUGCGGGACUACCUGCGCAGCUUCAAGACGCCUGUCUUUGUCGAUUCCUUGGUUAUGGCAGAGGUGCGCGUGCUGAAGCUGGCGAUGGAGGGAUGCAACUACGACAUCACUAUUGGCCAAUUUGGCGGUGUCAACUGCGUGCGCUUCUUGCACGAGAUGGACGCAGUGAUCGGGGACCAGCACGUGCUCAAGCGCACACUGCUGCUCCUUAAGGCAUGGUGCUGUUACGAGGCCCACAUCUUGGGUGGGCAAGCCGGGUACAUCGGCUCCUACGCGGCGACGGUGAUGCUGAUCUCGAUGCUGAACACGGUGGAAUUCCUCGAGGACGCCGACGCUGGGCAGACUGAAAGUGAUGGUGACGGCACGGCCGCAGCGGCGGCGACGGCGGCCGUGACGUUGGAGUCCCUGAUGAGCGGCGACAGCACCGCGGAGGAGGAGGAGGAGGAAUCUGUGCUUCAAAAUCUCGCAUCCUCGUCUAGUGCACCGGCGACCACGGCGGCCAAAGCCUCCACCACGAAGGGGGCUGAGGCGGACCGGGAGGGUGAAGGGCUCCUAAGCGAUACUACAAGCCCGACGAGUAGCAACCGCGGCGGCCACUGUCACGAUCGUGACUCGGCUGGGCAGCCAGGACGGUCACCGUCCCACCCUGCGGGCCAUGAUACAACUGUUGCGCCGCCGCGCCCCUUGUCGCCGCUGACCCUGUUCGCGCGCUUCUUGAAGUUCUACGCUUAUUUCGACUUCGACCGGUACUGUGUGACAGCCUUCGGCCCACUGCCGCUGCACAAGAUCACCUCAACUCCGCUGGACCUUAGCUACCUCGAGGUGGAUGCAGCGCACAGCAAACCGCUGGAAGGUGUUGCCGCGUCGAACCGCGCGGCUACGGACUUGUCCUUUCUCGGCUUGACUCCGGAGGGUGAGGCGGCGAUUGGCCAUCUUGUGCGCCGCCGCCAGCAGCCUCUGCUCACCGUGAGCGGUGUGAAGCACUUGUUGGACCAAGUGAACCGCUCGCGGCGCGCGGAGCGCCAGGCACGGUACGAAGCACGCCAACAGCCAGCACAGCGACCUGAGCAGCAGACGGAUACCAACGCUGCACAAAAUGCAUCGGAGCACCGCAGCACCAGCACUUCUUCUCUAGUACAGCUAAACCGUGCCGGGUGCGCUGCUGAGGACGCCGGGCUGAUGUGCCCAUCGUGCAACACUGCCGUCUUCCCUGUUCGUGACAUGAACGUGCUGGACCCGCUGCGGUGGAGCAGUAACAUGGUCCGUGGGGUGUGUCGCAACCACCUUCAGCGCAUUCAGCGUGCGUUCCUGGAAGGGCUUCGACUCUUGGAUGUAGCGUCGCAGGAGCUCGGCGGAGACGUGAUGCAGAUGGACGUGACGAGCGUCGGUGCCUCAGCCAGUGCGAGUCGCACCGCCGGUGGUGUUGGUGCGACUGGACGCCGAAGAGCCGGGGCUGCCGCCGCGAAAGCUGCCGCGUCGCCGACGUCGCAGUGGUCUGCUUUCAGUGCCGCGAGCAGCAGCAGCCGCAGCUGGACCGACAGCGCCGCGAACGGUGUCGCCGGCCAAGCACGCGUUCAGCAGGGUGCGAUGAACGGGGCCUCAGUGUACGGCUCCCCGGGGAGCGCGGUGGAGACCGGGGGCGGUGGUGGUGGGGAGGUGCAGCUAUGCCCAGGCUACCCUGCGCCGCACUCGCAGUGCACGGUUCGUGAGACGGGCGUUUUGGAAAUGCUGUUUCCGCGCACCAUUGAGGCCAUCCGCAAGCACAGUCACCUUAACUGCCCGUGGAGCUGCGAGGGGGCGGAUGCGGCGGCGCUGACGGAAGUGCCGCAGUGCCCGGGCUGCACAAAGCCCUCCCUGCUGUGCACUCCGGCCAUCCGCCGCAUGUGUCAGCCGCAGCUCAUCUUCCACCCCCCCGGCACUAGCGAGGCCAGCAACACGGCUGCCAAGGGAGGGAGGCAGUCAAAGCAGCUGCAGUCGACAAGCGGUAAGGCCACAUCCUCGCCCACCUCCACCGCGACGCCGCAGCAGUCGCCAUCACUGGCCAUCUCUCCAACGCAGAGCAAACAUCACCAAGGUUCAGGAGGACGGCGUGGGAACGCGGCGGCGCUGGAACAGGUGGUGAGUGAGCUGGAGGAGGCAUUCGCUGGCCAAGACACGAGCGAAGAAGCCCGCAACGGUGGCCCGCUCGGGGAGGCGAUGGUGCCCGUGACGGAGCAGCCUCUGACACGUGACAGCGCGGUAGGUGGCGCGACUGGUUCACAGCUGCCACCGCCGUCAUCGUCCACAGCCUCCGCGUCUCCGCUUCAGGGCAACGUCUACGGUCCGGGCGCAGUAGAGGCCACGAUGCAUCAUCACCCACACCAGAUGUACAGCCCCGGCGGAGCGUGCAACAGUGGCGGCGUCGGCGGUGCGUACCUCUCGGCCUACCCGGUGAUGUCGCUUUCGGCUAGCACGCCUGAGGAGAAGUACUACACCGUGCCCGUUAGUGCUGCUGCAGGAAGUAGCGCUGGUGGCGCCGGCAGCCCCGGUGGGUACGGCCUCUCUCCUAGUCAUCACGGCAAUCGCAGCAUGGGGCCACUGUCACAGCAGCACCAGCACCACCAUUACGCGCAGCAGCAGCAGCACCAGCACCAGCAUCACGCUCAGCAAGCGCACGUACGUAUCGGUUCCAUGUCCUCCCCGGUGAUACAGGGCAGCUACAGCGUGAACAACGGAGGCGGCACCGGCAACUCGGGUCAGCGUCCUUACGCGACCAACCAGACGGUGUCGAUUCCGAUGGAGGGCAGUGGGUAUCCGUCCUACGGCGGACACAACUACGCCCCCGCUGUGCGUCAACAACAACAGCAACAGUACCCGUAUCAGCAUCAGCACCAGCAUCAGCAACAUCAUCAGCACCGCAGUGAUGAUGGCACUAUGUCACACAGCAGCGGUAAUCACGGCUACAAGGGUGGCGGUAGCAACCUGCACAACAUAAACCAUCACAGCAACAGCAGCAGCGACUCCAACGCCCAAGCGCUGCUGCUGCAGCGGUUGUAG